AUGGAAGAGAAUUUGAUACUCGCAUAUUAUUUAAUAAGAGAUUUACGUGGGCAAUUAUCGAAUCUGGUUAUAUUGAAGCGUCAGAACUUGUGCGUGCCGAACGAGUUAUUUUUUUAUAGAAUAAGGGUGGGAAACGAGUACACAGCCGACUUUCUAAGUGAAUGCCGUGGACUGUGUGCUCGUUUGUCACCCUUAUCCUAUAAAAAAAAAAAAAAAAAAAAAAAACGCCUAGCUUUGAAGGGUUUAAAUUUUACAAGACUAUAUUCGUCCCGUUUGGAGAAUACCGACAGUGAGAUAUUUAAGCGCUCAACCAUAGCUUAUUUUUUGGUUGGAUUUGAACCUAUAAGAAACCGGCAUAAUCAUUAA